AUGGCCGCGUGCGCGCUUCUCCUGCAGGCGCUCGCUUGCCUCUUGCUGGCGGCGGCGGCGCGCGCUGAGGUGCAGGCGGACUUUUCCCCGGAGUGCCGCCUGUUCAUGUACAUGGGGACUCCCCCGAGGGGGCUGGAGGACCACGGCCUGAAGAAGAUCUGCCAGCGCUACAACGGCAAGCCUCGGUACGUGACUCUGUACGACGUGGUGGACCACAUCCCCGUCUACUCCGCCUACACCUUCAAGAGGUCAGACGGCUCCAAGAAAGUGGACGUGCCGUGGAUGUAUGAGCCACAGCUCUCCACAGAGACGGGCUCUGGCGAAAUGCAGCCGUUUCCUCCAGACAAUCUGCACAAAAGCUUUGAGGAUGCCCAGGCGGUGCUAGAGGACUACUCCAACACGGUGGACUUCGAGAGAGGCCACCUGAACCCCGACGAGCACCAGUCUCACCCGGACGACAAAGCGUCCACUUACACGCUCACCAACGUGGUGCCACAGAUCCGCGAGUUCAACAUCGGCCUGUGGAAGCAGCACGAGCACACCAUUCGCCGCCGCCUCAACAACUACUGCCGCGGCACGGCCUACGUAGUGACCGGAGUCACCACGUCCGGCCAUAUGAUCCGCAGGCACAACAUCGAUCGGCUGGCUGUCCCCACCUUCCUGUGGUCGGCCUACUGCUGCAUCGACUACGACCACAACGCCCCGUUCGAGGAGAGAUCCAAGUUUCCUGCUUUUGCCUCUCGCGCACUGAAUGCCAAAAGGGGCUCGGAGGUGUACGAGAUCUCCGUCCAGGAGCUGGAAAACUUCCUCAAGCAGAACACCUUCGUGGACAAGAAGUUUCAGAUCUUCUACGAAGACUGUGUGCCCAAUAAUGCCAUCAUGACGCCAUAAAACCUGUGCUGAAUUUGCUCGAUUCAAAUGCGUACAUUAUUACAUAUAAUCAAAAUAAUACAAAGCUCUUUUUAUUUCAUUUUUUAUUUUUCUACACAGAAUGAGCGCA